UAGUUAUACCCAUUCAUCUCUCCCAUAUGGAAGUUCCUUAAAGGAUGUCCUUGCUACAGUGGGGGGAGGCAGUAUGGUUCUGUCUGGCGAUAAAUCUUCGAUUAUCAUUUUUGAAUAUUCAGCAUAGCACCGUCAGUAUCAAAUAAGUCCCUCCCCAACACACAUUCUUCUUCACAACGAGCAACAGAUCAAGGAAAGAUAAAUUUAUCCCAACCUCAACAAUCUCACUACGAAAUCAGACCUCUUCUCCUCCCACUCACUUUUAUUCCAAAUUUCUAAUCUUAACAUCUCGCAUCUACAAGGUGACCACUUAUUAAACGGCAAAACCCCGGAUUUCUCAACCCCCAUCUUCAACUUCAACAACCUCAACUUAUCAACACUAUUUACUUAUAAGUUAAUUACUCCACAAGAAAAAUUCAAUUACUUCAUAGAAGAAGAUAGCAGGUACAAUCAAAUCAAUAUCUAUCUAUGUGGAGCGCAAAGACACACAACCGGUUUGUAACUAACUACAUUCGUCCUCAUCCUCGACGAUCUCUUCACUUUCCACGAGGAGGAGUGGAUACGAGAAGCUUUUUCGGUAACGCCUGUUGAGAUAUUGGAUUACCGACCCUAGAUCUACGGGGUAUAUAUCUCGUGACGAGUUCUUGCAAUUGGGAAGAUUUUUUCAUAUUUUCUUUGCUUCAUUUUUGAGUUGCUGUUUUUCUUUUAUUUGGUCGACAGACAACUUCAAAAUGGUUGGUUCACGGAUGAUCUCAGGUCUUCUGCUGGGCCUUGGAAGCUUCAUACAUGGUUCUAAUGCUGUUAGAUAUGGACCUAGCUAUGCUACUAGCAAUUCCACCAAAUAUGUCAUUAUGGAUAAUGACUGGGGUUCAACAGGCUUCAUCCCCUAUCUCAUAGCCCUAGACGCCGGGUGGGAAAUCCUAGGUCUAACAUCCUGUAAGCAUUCUUCCCUCUUAGAAACUCCCACAUCUCCAUCUUUCCUAUCCCUUUCAUCUUCAGCUAACACAUCCUGUCUCAGGUACCGCAGAUACAUGGCAACACCAAGUCGCACUCCACGCACUAGCCACCCUCUCACUCGGGAACCUAACAAGUUGUAUCCCCGUAGUACCGGGCUCUACAUUCCCGCUCCUAAACACCCCAGCCAGAUUCCAAGCCUGGGAGACGGUUCAUGGAAAACUUCCUUGGCAAGGAGCAUUUGCUCCUUACAAUGCCACCGCGGAAGCAGCGGGGAAAGAUCCCACGUCGGGUGAUGAUCCGUUUAGAGUUGUACAGGGGGCUUUUGUAGAGGGUUUCCCGAGUAAUUACUCGAUUGAUGCGUUGAAGCGGAGUCAGAGUGCUAGUGCGUUUAUGAUUGAAAUGGUGCAUAGAUAUCCAGGACAAGUAUCAAUAUGUAAGUUGAGCACUUUUAACCGGCUACUCAUCUGAUGAUCGAUGACAAACCAAGAGCAUCUAUCUAUCCGUUCAAUUGUUACUCAUCAUCACAAAACCACAAACUAACACCCCAUUCCCCACAACAGAUUCCGGCGGCUCCCUAACAAACAUCGCCCUCGCCGUCCGCUCAGACGAUAACUUCGCCUCCCUCGCCAAAGAACUAAUAAUAAUGGGCGGCUACAUCGACGUCAAUCUCCUCCAAGUAACCGGCAGCAUCAACCAAGCCGACAUCAACUCGGAUAUAAACCUAAUGAUCGAUCCCGAAGCCGCGAAAAUCGCCUUCACGGCCAAUUUCCCAAAAAUCACUUUUGCGGGAAAUGUAGCAAAUCAGGUGAUGAGUUCACAGGAAUUUCUAGAUGAAAUCGCAGAGAUGAAGAAUGCGUAUUCGGAAUUGGUACAUGCGUAUUAUGGGACGAAAUUUCCUUUUUGGGAUGAGACGGCUGCGGCGAUUAUGGUAGAUGCGGGUAUUGUGGAAAAUUCUACGAGUUGUGAGUUUACAUUCUACUUACUCCUCUCUCCCUUCCUUUCUUUCCCAAAAAUAAAAUAAUCUAUCCAUCCAUCCAACAACCCAACUAACCUCCUCCCUCCUCCCCCAUUCUCAGUCUACAUAGACGUAGAUACAUCCUACUCCUCGCCCUCAUAUGGAAACAUCCACGCCUACCAAGCCGCACUCAUGCCACCCGGCUUACGAGAAGUCGAAUACGUAAAUCGGAUUAAUGGGGAUACGUUGAAGAAAAUGAUCAAGAGAGCCGUGCAGUAUCCUAGGAAUUGUUCCACGAUGGGUCAUUAGGAUGGAUGAGGUUAGGUUGGGUGUUUCUUUUGAUGGGAUCUUUUUUUAAAAACAGUGCUACAUAGGUAGUAUUACUUGCGGUGCAUGAUUUGCAUUGCAUAUAACCUUAAUCAGUGUGGUAUGGCAUUAUUUCAUCCAAGUCAUGCAUGCGAUGGAAGUCACAAAAGAGCAAUUUGAUUUGAAAUCUUUUAAACCUACAAUUCAUAAUAAGAUGCGCCACCACAAAACCAGAAC